AUGUCCACCCCGUCCAAGAAGAGCGUGACGUGGUCGACCAUCACUGUGCACGAGUUCGGCGUCGGUCUGGGAGGCAGCGCCAUUUCCAACAAGGGCGGGCCGCCCAUUGGUCUGGCAGAGACGCCCGAGUUCACGUGGACGACAAAGGUUGGCGAGAUGGCCGAGUGCAGUGAGGGCGUGCAUCGCUUCUCGCCCAGCCAGCGCGUCCGCUUACUGCAGGCUGCCGGCAUCCCGGAUGGCAUCAUCACGCGUCACGCACGUGAGGCCACUAUCAUCUUGAGCUCGCGUCGUCGGUCCAACAUGAGCGGGGAGGAGAGAGCAGAGCACGAGACUGAGAAGGAGGGGGAAAAGGAGACGUCUCGAAAGUCGAACUGCAAGCGCAGCGCAGAGCAGGCGAGGCUGGAGUAUCCUCCAUGUUCCGUGCACUUGCAACGACCACGCAUGAUUCCUGUCAGCUACGCGUAA